UGCCCACGGUCACACAGCUAGUAAAUGUCAAGUGUCUGAGGCCGGAUUUGAACUCAGGUACUCCUGAGUCCAGGGCCGGUGCUUUAACCACUGCGCCAUCUAGCUGCCCCUCCCUAGUUAUUUUUUAAUGCCUAUUUCUAGCUCUCAUCCCAUCUCUCCCUGGGUGCUGCAUGGGACCCUAUAACCAGAUCUCUUCCUUAAAUCAUUUCUUCCCCUUGACCCUGUCUCCUGUUCCAUCUCUAGCUCUGACUUCAACUCCCAGCCCUAUCUUUCCCUAGGGAAAGGCUGACAUUCUCUAGUGCUUUUAUGACAUUUUUUCACUUGAUCCUUACAGCCACCUGUGAGGUAGGCAGAUAGUACAGUCAGGCAGCCAGUCACUAAACAUUAGGUGCCUACUGCAGGCCAGGGCCUGUGCUAAGUGCCAGAGAUACACAGGAAGGUGAAAGUGAGUCCCUGCCUUCAGGGAGCUCACAGUCUAAAGGGUGAGGCAACAAGCGAAUAAAGAUAUCCGAACAAACUAUAUAAGGGCUAUAUGGGAAAAAACUGACGGAAAGAAGGCGCUGCAAUUAAGAGAGGUUGCAGCAGGCUUCCUGCCGAAGACAUUUUAGCUGGGACUUAAGGGGAGGCAGAGGUCAGGAGGGAGAGCGUUCUGGGCUUGGUGAAUGGCCAGAGAGGAUGGCCGACACCAGGAGAUAGAGUGGUCUCUGACAGGAACAGCCAAGAGGUCGGAGUCACUGGAUCCAAGAGUCCAGGGUGGGCUGUGAGUCACAGAACCGUUGCAAAGGCGGGUACUUUAUGAAGGGCUUUGAUCUCCGAAGGAGAUUGUCUGUUUGGUCCUAGAGGUAAUAGGGAGUGUGUGUGGGUGACACGGUUGGGUCUCUGCUGUAGAACCUCACUUGGCUGGCUGAGCGGAGGGUGGGGUGGAGUGAGCAGAGACUAGAGGCAGGCAGGACCCUCCCCUCAGCAGCUUUUGCAGUGGUCCAGGUGUGAGGGAUCAGGCCCCACCGCAGAGGGGGGCUGCCACAGAGAUGCUGCGAAGGGGAAAUAAACAGGUCUUGGCAGCGGCUCAGACAUGGGAGGGGGGGGGUCUGUCCACAGUGGGGAAGCAGCCGGCAGAGAGGGAGAGACGGCAGCCGGAGGAAGGAGCCUCACGGGGCUGUGGCCCUGCUGCCGCUGCCGGGGGCCCCGCUGCUGGCGAGCUGGGCCUGGGCCUGGAGUUUCACACGUGGCACCACUUCAGCAGCUUCUUUGAUGACUGGUGUGAGCGGCACAAGGUACUGUUCAUCGUUGCCAGCCUCAAGCCCCUGAUCUCUCUGCGCCAGCCUCCUCUGCCCUACCUGCCCAGCCUGGUCACCACCCUGCGCUUCCGCUUCGUGCGCCUCAUCUGCAAGCACAGCGGCACCUACGUGGGGCAGAGCGUCGUGCAACGAGACCAGCAAAGCCAGAAGAUUGACUGCCCGGCCCUCAUCACCCUCCGCCUGGGCCCCAGGAAGGAUCGGCUAGUGGUGACGGAGGCCAGAUUGCAGCACAACCACCGGCUGUCGCCCAAGGAAUUCUCCCGAUGCUUUAGACGCCGGCAGCUGGAGGCCAGCUUGGGUCUGCCCAUCCGGAUCACCAACAGCGUCUCCAAGCGCUUCCUGGCCCCUGACCUCAUCUGGAACCUGGAGGACUACAGCCGGGCCAAGGACAAGGGCCUGUGCGAACUGCUUGGGGUGAUGCACGCGCUCUUCCGGGCUGACCCGGGGGCCAAGGUCAAGCUGGUCUUCCAAGAGGAUGCGGCCAUCCUCAACUCUGUCUUCUUGGCCACUUCGCACAUGCGCCAGCUGGCGCGCUCCUUCCCCCGCCUCCUCUUCUUGGACCAGGCGGCCAGCCUGCCUGGGGACUUCGAACUCUACUCUGUCCUUUGCCAGGACGCCAAUGGGCGAGGCCGCGAGGUGGCCUACUGCCUUGCCCGCAGAGGCACGCCUGACUUGCUGGUCUUCAUCGUGGCCUCUUUAGUGCAGAGUGUGCCUGAGAUCAAGGCCCUGGUGGAGUGUCUCACCCUUGGCGUGUCCUGCCUCGAGGGUGUGGAUACUGUGGAGGAGGUCUUGCCCUGUGCCCGAGUGCAGGUGUGCCGUGCUCAGGUGCUGGAGGCCCUGGGGCGCAGGGCCCGAGAGCUGGCUGUGCCCGGAGAGCGGCACGUUGUCAACCUUCUGCACAACCUGGCACACGCGGCCUCCCCUAAGGUCUACAGCCAGUAUCUCAGUGACCUGGAAGACGUGGCCCCCCUAGAGCUUUUCCGCUACUUCUUGGAGACCUGGCAUCCACACAAAGGCACCUGGGUCGCCUGCUGGGCAUACCAUCGUGGUGAGAGCUGCCCCUUUGUGGACCACCUUGAGGCUCACAGGCAGAAGCUGUUACCUGCCCUGGCCCAAGAUUCCUCUCUGGCGGGCUCUAUCCGGGGCUUGCUGGACCUUGAGAGCCUGCCCGUGGAACUGCAGGGGCUGCAGGCGGAGCAGGUGGCCGAGCGCUAUCAGGCAGCAGGGCCUGGCGAGGCGGCAGCCCUGGUGGCUGAGGAACUGGCUCUGGCCCGCCAGGGCAGGGGCAUCCAGACGGCAGAGGGUGGGGGCUUUGUGCUGGAGGGGUCGAGGCGAGGGGCCACCUUCACCGUGGGGGCUGACCUGGCUUCCUGCAGCUGCUCUAUCUUCACAGCCAGCCACCGGCCUUGCCGCCACAUCUUUGCUGCCCGUCUCUGGGCAGGGAAGGCCCUCUUUGAUGUCAGCCUUCUGCCCCCCGCGGGUGGUGACGAGGGGUAAGGCUCUGGCCUGGGCCCACGGGCGGGCUCCCGCACUAGAGAGGGCAGAAGAGAAAGUCAUGGGUCUGCCUUCUUCCUCCUCCUGUUCCCUCCCCCUCAGACCUGGACUGCCUGGGGCGGAGGGGAGCUUAUCAGGGUGGCAGGGUGGGUGCCUGCCACAGCGACCCUGGAAGAGGAGGGGCGGUUUUGUCUGUUUGCUGGGCAAGAAUAAAGCACAUUCUGUGGGGUGUUCUACCUCCCAUGAGUUGGGCCACUUUUUUGAGGGAAGGUGUGGUUGGUUACUGGGCAUGAAAGUGGGUUUUCUUAUCUGUGAAAUGGGGGUGAGGUGGCAGGAAAUGAUUCAGAGGGCCCCUCUCAGCCCUAACGUCCUUUUGAGUGUCAGGGAAGCCCCCAGAGGACUUUGCCCUCACUGGGCCCGGCUUCACUGGUAGUGAAGGUCAUUAGCUCAGUUAAUCCAGCCCACAGACCCACUGUGUGCAGAGCUGUGUGCACGGAUGCUGGGAGGCCAUAGCUGCCCUCAGGAAGCUCACGGGCCAGUGCUGGGAUAUGCCCAUCCCAUGGAGGAACAGAGUGCCCGGUGGAGGCCUUUCCUGAGGGGCUGAGGGAGGAGAGGACGUUUGAGCCAGUCACUGAAGGUCGGGUGAGAACAGAAGGGGGAAAGGCAGGGAUGGAGGAGGGGGAGGGAAGAAAAAAGGUCAGAGGGCCAGCACCUGUGCUGGGUUCGGGGGACGGAAGCUCAGACUGAUCUUUGUCCAAAGUCUGGCCUGGAAUUUCUGUUGAGCCCUGGGCUUGGGGGCCAUCUGGCUCAAUCCUAACAUUUUGCUGAUAAGGCAGCUGAGGCCCCCUGAGUUUCAAGGACUUACCCAAGGUCAUUGUGACUAGUGAGUGUCAGACUCAGAAUUUGAAACUAAGUCCCUCAGACUUCCAGAUCCAACACACUUGAGAGUGUUGGCCUUCAGUUUCAUCAUUUAUAAAAGGGGUGUGUGUGUUGGAUUAGAUCAGGGGUUCUUAACCUUUUUUUUGGUGUUGUGUUCUGGUCUGUGGAUCCCUUCUCUGAAUAAUGUUUUUUAUUUAUUUUUAAUAUUUUUUUUCCAAUUGAAGGCAAUUUUUAACAUUACAUUUUUUUUUUAGUUCAAAAUUUUCUCCCCUUCUACCUCCCUAAAACGGUAAGAAUUUUAAAUAGGUUAUGUAUGGGCAGUCAUGUAAAACAUUUCCAUAUUAGUCAUGUGAAAGAAGAAACAGAUCAAAAGGAAAAAAAUGAGAAAAAUACAGAAAGUG